AAAACAAUACAUCAGUGAGAACAAAAGAAAAAGUAAGAAUGACGAGAACCACAUAUCAUAAUCGUUCUAUCUGACCAUCUUAUUUUCUACCAUCACAAUGCUUUACCGCAUCACUAUUACUGUCAGUUCGUAUCUCUAACACUAUACGGAUGUAAACGACAAAUUGCUGAUGAAUUUAGCAUAGCUAACUUUUAUGUUCUCUGAUAUAUAUUUUACAUUUAGAAACUGAUGUACUACAAGAGUCUAACAACGAUGAUUUAGCUGAAAAAUCAUCUGCAUCACUAGUCAAAUAUCCCGACAAUUUAUCCUUCAAAGAUUUGUAUUAUUUUUUAGUGGCUCCCACACUAUGCUAUGAAUUAAAUUAUCCUCGUACAAGAAAAAUUCAUAAAAAUUUUCUUGCACGUCGCCUCUGUGAAAUAUUAUUUUUAUCAUCUCUAGAAUACAUUCUUGUUCAACAAUGGAUAAUACCUAUUUUACGUUCAAUCGAUCGUCCGUUAAAUGAAUUAAGUACAUUGACAAUUAUUGAACGUUUAUUGCGUUUAGCCAUACCAAAUCAUUUAAUUUGGUUAAUUUUUUUUUACCUUGUAUUUCAUUCAUGUUUAAAUGCCAUAGCUGAAUUAUUACAGUUUGAUGAUCGAUUAUUUUACAGGUAAUAAUGAAGAGAGAAAGAGAGAGAGAGAGAGAGAGAGAGAGAGAGAGAGAGAAUGAGAUGACAUUGACUUUGAAGAUCUAAUGCUGAGAUAUUUCGAAAAUCACGAGAAACACUCUUAGACGUGAAUAAACAAAUCUAUCUUUUUAUGACACUAAAC